AUGGUGUCUGGCGUCGAGACGAUGAUAAUAUACGGUGGACGUGGACCUUCUGGAAUUUCUGCCGAUGUCUUCUUGCUGGACGUGGCUGGCUUGACAUGGAUGCAAGGAACCUCGAGUCCACAGAUACAAGCACGUCAUUCAGCAGUGUGGACUGGUACAGGCAUGCUCGCGCACGGCGGUGGUGAUGGCAACGUUUACUUGGACAUUUUGCUUUUCUACGACCCCGUGGGAGACACGUGGGCUACUCUCACGCCCGCCACCAGCAACGUGCCGACUUUACGACUCGGCCACGAAGCCGUCUGGACGGGCACAGAGAUGAUCGUCCAAGGCGGAGUUGGCACUGACGGAGCAGGCGGAUUGGGUGGUGACGGACGGACUUGGUACGUGCAUUCAUUAACAGGCUCGACAGCGACUUGGACACCUUUCACGCUGACGCCCACUCCCCCGAAAAACACGGGCGACCUGAAGGCGAUCUGGGCGCCAUUGGAGAAUACCAUGUACAGGUUUUGGGGGGACUCCAAGUCCGGCGACCUUAGGACGUACUUGCGCCCUUAA